AUGUUGAUCCUCACACCCACUAGUGCCACACUCGCCGCCGCAGUAAUCACCACCACCGUCGUCCUCCUCCUCCUCCUCACUCGCAACCAUUCUUCUCGCUCCAACCUGCCGCCGGGUCCAAAGCCGUGGCCCAUCAUCGGCAACCUCAACCUCAUCGGCCCCCUCCCGCACCGAUCCCUCCACUCCCUCUCCUCCCACUACGGGCCCAUCAUGCGCCUCCGCUUCGGCUCCCACCACGUCAUGGUCGGAUCCUCCGCCGAGGUGGCCAAAUCCAUCCUCCGAACCCACGACCUCGCCUUCGCCGGCCGCCCCGAGACGGCCGCCGGGAAGUACGCCGCCUACGACUACUCCGACAUCACGUGGUCCCCGUACGGGCCCCACUGGCGCCAGGCCCGCCGGAUGUGCGCCGUCGAGCUCUUCAGCGGCAAGCGCCUCGAGUCCUACGAGUACAUCCGGAGGGAAGAGGUGCGGCGGGUCGUGGGCAGCCUGUUCGGGUUGUCGGGCGACCCGGUCAACGUGAAGGACCGUUUGCUGGACCUCAGCCUCAACGUCAUCAGCCGGAUGGUUCUGGGGGAGAAGCACACCGCCGGCGCCGGGGACGAGGAUCUGAAGGAGAUUCUCGAGGAGGCGAUGUUGCUGAACGGGGUUUUGGAUAUCGGGGAUUCGAUCCCGUGGCUGGCGUGGCUGGACCUGCAGGGGUACCGGCGGCGGAUGAAGGCGGUGGCGAGGAGGAUCGACGGGUUUUUGGAGAGGGUUUUGGACGAGCACAACUUGAAGCGGAGGGGGGAAGGUGGCGGUGGUUUGGGGAAGAAGAAGGAUAUGGUGGACGUGUUGUUGGAGCUGGCCGACGAUCCGGAUUUGGAGGUGAAGAUGGAUCGCCGGAGAGUGAAGGCGUUUACUCUGGACAUGAUCGCUGGUGGAACCGAAAGUUCAGCUGUGACAGUAGAAUGGGCAAUCUCAGAACUCUUAAAACACCCAAAAAUCUUCAUCAGAGCAGCAGAAGAACUAGACAGGGUAGUCGGAAAGGAUCGUUGGGUCGAAGAGAAUGACAUACCUAACUUGCCAUACAUCAAUGCGAUUGUCAAAGAGACAAUGCGACUACAUCCUGUGGCACCACUGUUGGUUCCAAGGAUGGUUAGAGAAGACGUCGAGCUUUCUGGAUACCAUAUCGCUAAGGGCACCCGGGUUUUUGUCAACGUUUGGACUAUUGGGAGAGACCCCAACAUCUGGGAUGCUCCCGAGGAGUUCUGGCCAGAGAGGUUCAUCGGAAAGGAUAUCGACGUAAAAGGUCAUGAUUUUGAGUUGUUGCCUUUUGGAGCCGGAAGGAGAAUGUGUCCUGGGUACCCAUUGGGGAUCAAGGUGAUUCAAGUGAGUUUGGCUAAUCUUCUUCAUGGGUUUAAGUGGGAAUUGCCAAGUGGAAUGAAGAGAGAAGAGUUGAAUAUGGAUGAGAUUUUUGGGCUCUCUACCCCUAGGAAAUUCCCACUUGUUGCUGUUGCUCACCCUAGGCUUCCUCUUCAUCUCUACAACAACGGAGUUUGA